AGAUUAAUUUGAAAUGGAACAAAAUAAACCACCUUCGAGGGGAAAAUCUCGUGGACGUCGUCAAGUAGCAACAAAUCAACAGGGUUUGUCUGGACAUUCUCAGGAAGUUAGAGAAACUAGACCAUCACAAUCUACACAAUCUACUGAUCCAAGACCUACCACAUCACAGUCAACACCAAGGUUAGGUGCACCUGUACAACAUCUACCUAGUCAAAGGCCUCCACGAGCUGCUGGUGCCCCACAACAAAGGGUCUCUAGACCUCAUGGACCAAGACCUGUAAUUUCUAGUUCAUCUCCUAAACAAGACCCAAUGUCAGAAGUGCAACAAGUUACAGAAGGACUUAAAACUUUGGAUGCAGGGCAGGGUGCAGUACAAGGACAAACACUAAGAGAACAUGAAUAUUUUAGGAGACCAAGACCUCAAUCCUCAUUGGGUGCUAAAGGAAAAACAGGAGCAAAUGGGCAGACUGUAAAAUUGUUGGCUAAUUAUUUUCCAAUCACUUCAUAUACAGAUUGGUGUUUGUAUCAAUAUAAAGUUGUCUUUAAUCCUGAAGAAGAAAGAAUUAGCACUAAAAGAGGAUUAUUAGCUCAGCAUCGAGAACGUUUAGGAGGAUAUUUAUUUGAUGGAGCAAUGUUAUUUUCUGGAAGCCGAUAUGAUCCAUCAACUUUUGAACUUACAUCUAUACGUCGCUCGAAUGAACAAAAAGUUAUUAUUAAAGUGAAAUUCACAAAUAUAAUAGAAACUGGUGAUCAUGCCAAUAUUCAAGUCUUCAACUUACUUUUGCGUAAUUGUCUUCGACACAUGAAUCUAACAUUGAUUAAAAGAAACUUUUAUGAUUCUAAUGCCAAAAUUGACUUACCUCGACAUAAGCUCCAACUUUGGCCAGGUUAUGAAACAACAAUCGGCAGAUAUGAAGAUAACAUUUUACUAUGUGCAGAUGUAUCUACAAAAGUCCUGCGCCAAGAGAAUGUAUUAGAUAUUUUAAAAAAGUGUGUUGCUGAAACGCAGGGCAAAGAUUGGAUGAAUGAAUUUAAAUCUCAAGUUAUUGGCACCAUAGUUAUGACUAUGUACAACAAUGCAACAUAUAGAAUAGACGAUGUAGAUGAAAAUUCAAACCCAAAUUCUAAAUUUGAUAAAAAAGAUGGAUCUAAAAUGACUUAUAUACAAUAUUACAAAGAAAGAUGGAAACAAACAAUUCAUGAUGGCAAGCAACCAAUGUUGAUUUCAAAAAAUAAAAAAUCUAUAAAACAAUUUGGAAUUGAAAAUUCAUUGGUGUAUCUUGUUCCUGAAUUAUGUAAUGUAACUGGUUUAACUAUGAAAAUGAGACAAAAUCACUUUCUGAUGAAGGAUAUGGGUACACAUACCCGUAUAGAUCCCAAAAAUCGCAUAGAAAGACUAACAACUUUUGCAAAUCGUCUUCUUAAUACACCCGACUCUGUAACUGAAUUAAAAAGAUGGAACCUGACAUUAAGUAAUAGUCUCAUUGAAUUAACUGGUCGUAUUCUACCACCAGAACAAAUUAAAAGUAGUGCUACUGAUAAGAAUGGGUAUAGUGGUAAUAAUGAUGGAGAUUGGACACAUCAUUUACGGAAAUUACCAAUGUUCAAGCUUAAAAAUGUGAAGAAAUGGAUUAUAGUCACCUCAAUAGAAUAUGAGAGAGAUAUUAAUCCAUUUGUUACUUCACUUACAAAAUCUGCGAAAGGAAUGUCUUUUAUGCUACCCAAUCCUUCUAUAGUCACCAUAAAUGAUGGAAGACCUAUUAGUUUUUUAACAGCACUUGAAGAAUCCAUUAACGCAGUGAAUCCCGCAUUGAUUUUAUGUGUUAUCCCAAGCGGACAUAAUGAUUUAUAUAAUAUAAUUAAACGAAAGUUAUGUAUCGAUAGAGCAGUACCAUCUCAAGUAGUACUGGCAAAUAACGUAAAAAAGAAUAAUUUGUCAGUGUGUACAAAAAUAGCUAUUCAAAUAAAUUGCAAACUUGGAGGUGUACCUUGGCUAGUUACCAUACCUAAACCAGGAAUUAUGAUUAUUGGUUUUGAUGUAUGUCAUGACAGUCAACGUUCAAAUAUAUCAUUUGGAGCUUUUGUAGCUACUAUGAGUAAUGAUUAUUCAAGUUAUUUUAGUUGCGUUGAACGUCAUGAAAGUGGACAGGAACUUUCUGUUAAUUUUGCUUCAUGCAUAAGCAAGGCUCUGGCCAAGUAUAAGAAUAAAAAUGGUCAAUUACCUGCUUCCAUUAUUGUGUAUAGAGAUGGAGUUGGAGAAGGCCAAAUAUCGCAUGUUCAUAAGAUAGAAGUUAAACUAUUACAGACUGCUUGUGCAAAAAUAUAUGGGACAAUGUCUGUCCCAUUUACAUUUAUUAUAGUUACUAAACGUAUUAGUACUAGAUUUUUUGCUCUUAGUCAAAGCGGUCCUAAAAAUCCUCAACCUGGUACAGUUGUUGACACUGUUGUUACAGACCCAACCAAGUAUGAUUUCUUCUUGGUUUCACAACAUGUAAAAGAGGGCACUGUAACUCCUACACAUUAUAAUGUGAUUGAAGACACAUUUAAGCUUCCUCCCGAUUAUAUGCAAAGACUUACAUUUAAAUUGACUCAUAUGUACUACAAUUGGUCGGGUACAAUACGGGUUCCUGCUCCAUGUCAAUAUGCUCAUAGGUUAGCAUUCCUUUCUGGUCAGACUCUCCUACAAGCUGCCAACACUGCAUUGGAUGAAUCGUUAUUCUUUUUAUAAUUGUUUACUUUAAAAAUAUGGCAUUCAACUUGUUAAUUACUUCUU